CCUGCUCAGCUGAAGAGAAGUUGGCUAAGUAUCUCCUCAAUAUUGCUCAAAUUAGACAUCUUAACGCAUUUGAACUCGCAAAAAAUGUAGCUGAUAAUCUACAAGAGAUACGAUUCAACAUAGUCAUUGAUAGACGGUGAUUGCAGCUGAUUUUUAAAGCAUGUGUUAAAAGAACCAGAAACAGCACAAUGUUUGGGGGAGGAAGCCUUCAAAGGCUAGAUGCCAUUUGCGCUAAGUUGAAGACUGUUCAGGAAAAACAGAAAACUGAUGAAAAUGGCAGCAUAGAUAGCCAAGAAGAGCCAAUCACAUCCUUAAGUAGUAAUACCCACGUGGAUUUACUCUCUGGUCGUAAGGGUCGCAGGAAAAACCGUAAUCCUAAGAACAUUUUCCAGUAUUCUGAGAAGGGAGGUGUUGAAGAGAGUAACGAUGAUGAAUUUACGAAGUUUGAACUGAAUAACCAAGAAGCAGAUUUUGAGCAGUUAUCGCCAUCCGCAGGAACUGAAUCCUUUGAUGUGUCAGUCUCGGGAGGAGCCAGUGGCACACAGCAUUCCAGUGGGGUACAAACCCCAGAAACCCUACAAAGACAAACUUCGCAACCAUUCCCAAAUGAAGCUAACAUUCCUGAGUCUGGUAUCUUGGACUUGACUGUGAAAGAGAGGUUGUCACCAACCAAGCCAAACCAAGAAGCAAUAAGACCACAAACCGAACCAAUCGAUACAAGAGAAACCAAAACAAUUGAAGAUGCUACUGCUGUCAGUAAUAACAUUGGACAAUCUACAUCUAGUCACCAAGAAAACCCAAUUAAGAGAUCGUCAUCACAAUCAGCUGAGACUACUGCUUUAAAGGACUAUGCUGAAUCAACUAUGCACGAAUUGUUGGGCAUAUAUGGUUUGGAGAAUAACUCAGGGGAAAACGUCCAUCUCACAGAAAAUGUUCCUAUGCACCAUUUUACAUCAGGGAGAAUACUACAGCAUAACGGUUCAAGCCAUACCCAGAUCCCACCUGCUGGACGCGAGGCCCAAGGGGGAGGUGUUGACACUACCCCUAAGUUCAUGCAACAUUCCUCCCCACAGAAGGCACAAUUAGCCAUAGGUCGUACCGAGACCCCAACCAACCUGGCUGGUUUCGAUCGAGGAAUCAAAUCAUACAUGAAAGUUGAAUCUGAGAGCCCAGAAAGAGUGGGAAAGAUCAGUGAUGAUGCAGGAUAUGGCGAGUUCAACCUUAACACCAGUUUCUCUAGAAGCGACUCCAGUUCCCCGAUAGCUAACCCUUUACCUCACGACUACUCGAAAUACAUAAAAAGAUUCAGCUCACAUGAAGAAUGCGGAGGUAACCAUUGCAAGGACAUGUUCUAUAAGGAACAUUUCCACUGUCUCGACUGUGCAUUUAGAGUUUUUGUGAAGAAGGAGGAGAUGAGUCGACAUUUCAAAUGGCACAAGAAACGUGACGACUCCCUCCAACAUGGGUUCAUGCGUUACAGUCCAAUGGAUGACUGUUCUGUCAAGUUCAUCAACUGCCAACAUAAUAAGAAGCAGACUCACUAUCACUGUCUUAGAAUGGGUUGCAACAAGGUUUAUAUCAGCACCUCUGAUGUUCAAAUGCAUUCCAACUUUCACCGCAAGGACUCUGCCAUUAUCUCGGAGGGCUUCCAGCGUUUUCGCGCUACAGAGGAUUGUGGGUCAACCAGAUGCGCUUUCUACGGCCACAGGACAACACAUUUUCACUGCCGCAGAACUGGUUGUUUCUUCACUUUCAAGAACAAAGCUGAUAUGGAAAAGCACAAAACGUACCACCAAAAGGAUGAAAUUCUGUCCAAAGAUGGCUUCAAGAAGUUCAUGAAGUAUGAACAUUGUGCUUACAUGGGCUGCAAGUACUCAAAGAUCAGCAAUCACAUCCACUGCAUCCGACCACAUUGUGACUAUGUGUUUCAUUCUACUGGACAACUGUACUCUCAUAAACGCAAGCAUGAAAGACGAGACUUAGAGCAUGCCUAUAAACGCUUCAAGGUCCACAACACGACACCAGCAGAUUUCCGAAAGGCUUUAUCCUCAACUGAGCUAAGUGCACCGAAACUCAACCCAGCUCUGUUCACAACUGCAUUUCAACCACAGUCUAACCGCAGAGAUGAUAGUGGUAUCCAGGGUGUACCACAAGGCUUGAAACUACCAGUGAAAACUGAGCCUAUGGUCCAAGGUAAUGGUGAGUCUGGUGUGAGAACUCCUGAUGAGGCACUGCCUGUUAAGAUGGAGGCAAAGCAGGAAGCUGAGUAUGUGAAUCUAGAAGAUAUGAUGAAGAUGCAAGGUUCAGCUCUUGGUGAGUCAAUUACAAGUGGUAUGGAACUGAAAGACAACAUAGGAAUGUCUCCAACCAGUGAUGAACAGAAACCACAUACUGAUGUUGCUCCUUCCUUAAUGGAAAAAGCUGGCAAUCUUGAAGGGGAUGAACUGAGCAAUUCACUCACAUUGAAUGUGUCAUCAUCAGCCCCUAAAGAGGAGUCCAUGGUGAAUGGUUCCCCAGUUCCUCAGACACCACCCUUGUACAGCCAGAUCAUCACCCCAGGAAGCAAAAGAGAUGAAACCUGGAAGAAAUAUAUUACAAGGUACACUGCCAAUGAUGCAUGCAACUCUCGUUGCCUCUACCUCUAUAAGGACCACUACCAUUGCCAUGUGGACAACUGUAACUCCAUAUUCAAGUCAAAAGAUGGCGUGAGAGAGCAUGCCAGGUGCCACCAACAGCAGUCCAUGAUAGCUGACAUGGUCUACAGGACGUUCCUGCCAACACAAAAGUGCGACUACAUGGACUGCCCACAUUCCAACAAGACAAAACAUUACCAUUGCAUAUGGGGUACCUGUUCUGCAGUUUACACAGACAACAGCCUUACAUUUGCUAGACUGGAUCACCAUCGUCAGCAUGAGCAGGCCAGGUCAAUAACUUCCAGGAAUGGCCCAAAGACAUCAAGCGUACCCCAACAGCUCCUUGGUCAGCCCCGCAAGCGUGGCAGGCCCCCAAAGUAUACAAAAGCCAUACCAAUAGUGCCAAAGGCUGAACCUGCUGUGUCUAACAACCAAAUGUCUAAAGAUGUUGAUGUCAACACUCAUAUAGAAAAGCUGGCCCUAGCUAGAAAAGGUUUCCGGAUGUUUGAGGCUUCUGAAUCCUGCCCUGAUGGGCUAUGUAUGUUCAAAGGCAGAAAGCACAAUCAUUGUAUAAAGCCCCGUUGCCAUCAUGUUAAUAAUCGAGAAGACAUGCUCAAUCUACACGCCAAAGAGUUCCAUAGCUUUAUCAAUAUUCUGGAGGGGUUUGAAUUUUUUGAUCGUUACGUGAACUGUCGUCGCCCACAUUGCCAUAACAACAAGGUUAACCGACAUUUUCAUUGUGUCCUCACCAAUUGUGACUAUUCAUUUGUGAGGUAUAGCACCAUGAAACAGCACCAAAAGAAACACAUGGAAGUUGCGGCUGGUGUAUCUGCAGCUGGACAACCCAGUGAUACAACAUUCAAGGGCAACCCUAUCAAAUCAGCACAUGGCGUCACAACCCCUAGAGCGUUCCCUGGUGGGGAUGGCUUAGGCCCCUUGAAAACUGGAAUCACUACCCCUCCAGAAGCUCAUCUCCCACUCACCAGCCCUAGUGUUCCCAACAUGGGCACCCAGGCCCAGCUAGACCCAGAAGAUGCUCCAUUAGAUUUCUCAAUCAAGUCUACUACAAAGGCUCAAACAGAAACAAGUGCUCAAGAAACAAGAACAAGUAUUAAUAAACCUGACAAUCAAGUGGCUCAAGUUACUGAUAGUGUUGUUAAUAACACCAAUAAUGUUGUUAAUAGCACUACGCCAGUUCCUGGCUACAAGGCACAGUUCAAAUACCGGCCUAUAGGAAUAGGAGAGGACAAUGUCGUGUCUGCUAGUGGUGCAGCUGCUGCAGCAUCAGCAAUCCUCCCAUUGGCCGAGCUCCUCAAACAGAAGUCUGAUAAUACGCUCCCACAGGUCACAUGGGCAGACAUGAGAGAACGUAUGCUGUAUACAAUGGAUCAGACAUGUGGUAGGCCAUUUUGCAAGCUCAAAAAGAAGGAACAUUUCCAUUGCUAUGAGUGCAAUCAAGCAUUCUCUGAUGCUGCACGAAUCAGGGCUCAUGUGGCGAAACAUGGUAUGAAGAUCCCCAGAGAGGCACUCAAGAGGAAGGACCCUGCUGAUGGUGGUAUUGAAGCCCCUGUUGCUAAGAGACAAGCUGUAUCUGAUGAGGAAACAGGGGAUUACGGAUCAUCUCUUAAUCUGAACUCUGGGGUUUUCACCAACCAGCUUUACAACCAGAAAGUGUCAGAGUACAGCUCUGAAGGGGAAGGUGAUGUAUUGAUGAAUGGUACAGACCAUGGUACUUCUGAUUUAUCUUCAUGAAUAAGAUACAUCAUCAUGUUUUUUGAACAUGGAACAUCUUAGUGAAAGUGGUACGGUACUUGUUAAUAAAGAUCAUACUUCUUCAUGAUUGUGGUACAUCUGACCCAUUGUCUGAUGAUAUCCAGGGGAAUGAUAAUAGGUAUAGAUAAUAGAAAAUAUAUUCCUGGGGAGAUAAAUGCCAAUACAGUUCUAGUGUUGGACGUACAAUUCUAACCAAUAAGCAUCAGUACUCUCUAUCAAUAGCGUGAUAUAUAUUUUUGAAUAUCAACAUUUUUCAGAAAGUAACAUGUGUUGAGGUUGCAAUGAUAAGGAUCUUUCCUUGUACAGCACAGAUACCAUAUAAUUGCUCAUGAAUAUAGUCAUAUGAUA